AUGACUCUUAAAAUAGCAUUCCUAGGUCCUGAAGGAACAUAUACACAUCAAGCUGUUCUACAGCAAUUUGGUAAUGAAAUAGAAAUAUCACCACAGAACACGAUUGGUGAGUGUUUUGAUUCGAUAAAUGCGAAACACGUGGAUUAUGCUGUGGUACCCUUUGAGAAUUCAACAAAUGGACAAGUCGUUUUUACAUAUGAUCUUCUUCGAGACUGGUUCUUGGUGAAGAAAAGUAAUUUCAAAAUAGUUGCAGAACAAUUUGUAUCUAUACAUCAUAAUUUACUAUGUAAUGGACCAAUUGAAAAGAUCAAUACAAUUUACUCACAUCCUCAAGUUUGGACUCAAGUGUCUAAGUUUUUAUCAACUUUUCCGAAUAAAAUAAAUCGAAUAGAUACAGAUUCUACUUCAAAGGCUGCUGAAUUAGUUGCCAGGGGAGAAAGUUCAUCAGCAGCGAUAUCUUCUUUAAUGAGUUCAAAAUUAUACAAUCUCAACAUAGUAAAAGAAAAUAUUGAAGAUAAUUCAAAUAAUACCACCAGGUUUUUGGUUUUAGGAUAUGAGAAACCACCCGUAUAUGAUCGAGAGACUAAUGACAUUAUCACAUCAAUAAUGUUGACAUUACCCCAUGAUGAUCCAGGUGCAUUGUGCGACGUAUUAAUAAGUAGAGGCAAAAUUCAAAUAAUGUCAACAGGCGAAGAUCUAAUAUCAUCGUUAUACCCACCACCUCCUCCAUAUUAUAAAUUCUUUACAGAUGAUAAUCUAGAAAAAUUAAACGAAUGGAAGAAAGAAGAUAAAGAGGGAACACCACCAGGUGAGCUACGAUUUUUGAUUCCACCAAAACAACCUGAAGGUUCACAAUAUAGAGGAUAUGGUAAUAUAUGGCUGUUUCAAGACAAACUACCGAAUUUAAAGGACACUCAAUGGCAACAAUUAUAUAAUGAUGAGAAUUUAACAUCGGUAACAAAGAUUGAGGAACUACAUAAGAUAAUGGAUUCGUUAUUAUUAGCAUUUUUAGAAUUAAUAAGUAUACUAAGUGUUGAUCCUCAACAAUUUGAACCAAAGAUAAAAGACAUGAGUUUGCUUUUGAUCAAUUUCAAUCAUUUACUAAACACAUAUAGACCUCAUCAAAGUAGAGAGAGUCUAAUCAUGUUAUUAAGAAACCAAAUAUCGAAUAAAAAUAAUGAAAUACAAGAAAUAGACAAGGUAUGUGACGAUAUUAAAACUAAAAUUAGAAAUUUAUUUGAUAAACAAACAGAAGACCUUGAUAUGGAAGAGAUUGAAGAUAUAUCGAAACCAGAUGUGAAUGUAAACAAGACUGAUAUAAUUGAUCAACUAUUAAAAACAUGA